AGGAGUAAGAAUGCCCCUGUGUGAGGAUAUUUCCUUAUCCGGGAAUCGCAGGGAACCUCGCCAUUGGCCGCCGGUGUCACAUGGAUUCCUAACUUUGUUCACUUGACAGUCUGUAGGAGGGUUUUACGAAACAGGAAAACGAGUAGGGGGGGAUAGGAAUAAAUUUUAGUAUUUUUUUUGUGUGUGUGUGUGUGUGUGCAAAUCAAAGAAAUUAAUGGCCAUGAGUUCGUUUUUGAUCAACUCCAACUAUGUGGAUCCCAAGUUCCCACCCUGCGAAGAAUAUUCUCAGAAUGAUUACCUUCCCAAUCACUCUCCGGGAUAUUACAGCAGCCAGAGGCGAGAGACCACUUUCCAACAUGAGGCGAUGUACCAGCCACGGUCAGCCUGCAACGAGCCGCCCUACCCAGCUUGUCAGGGCUCCGGCCACCAGCCAGCGGUGCUCUCCCCCAGGGAUCAUGUUCAUCCUUCUGCCGGACUUCAGAGCCACCUCUCAGAGCCAAAUCACCACUGUGAGUCGGUCACCCCCAGCCCUCCUCCACCCUCCUGUAGCCAAAACUCUAUGAACCAAAGCCCAUCUAAUUCUUCUUGCAAAGAGCCAGUAGUUUAUCCCUGGAUGAAAAAAGUCCAUGUAAACACGGUAAACCCCAGUUGCACAGGAGGGGAACCGAAGCGCUCCCGGACAGCUUAUACCAGGCAGCAAGUCCUGGAACUGGAGAAAGAAUUCCACUAUAAUCGCUAUCUCACGCGGAGGCGCAGAGUAGAAAUUGCCCAUUCUCUUUGCCUGUCCGAGCGCCAGAUCAAAAUAUGGUUCCAGAACAGGAGGAUGAAGUGGAAAAAAGAUAAUAAAUUACCAAAUACCAAGAUCAGGUCUAAUUCUUCCAACGCUUCUGCAAGCCUGCAGAUACAAGGAGGUUCUCAGAACCGAGCCAAUGUACCAGCCACCGGCCUAUAAUUGUUUCUUGUGUGUGUGAGUGUGUGUGUGUGUGUGUGUGUAUGUGUGUGUGUGUGUGUGUAGGAGACACAUGAUAAUUUUUUUAUGUUCCCAGGGGCGUAAAGGGGGCAUACUCUUUAUUUAUAAAGGAGGGAAACUCAGCUACAAAACAAACAAACAAACAAACAACAGAGAUGUGCUUUUGUGCUCUCUCCCAUUAAAAGAAGGCUGUAGAUAGUAGUUUUCAAAUUUGGCUAAGAUGAAUCCUUGUUUCAUCUUUAAUCACGCCAAACUCUGCCCCAUUUGUCAUGUUUACUCUCCCGUACAAAGGAUGGACCUUAUGCUUGCGAUUACCUCGACAACCAGUGUUCACUUUAAUAAAUGAGGCACAGUUUCUUCGAGAGAAACUGAAUUUUCGUUUCUUUUCUUUUGCUGCCUACCAGCCACAAAGCGAAAGUUUCUAUUCAGAUCCCCAAGGGCACAGCAGUUCUGGCAACUGUAACACAGCCCUAUAGACCAAAAACAAACAAACAACAACGACCCUUACUCCAUACGGUAUGAGGACCGGGGGGCCAGAAUAGAUGUUGAGUAUUGUAAUGAUCAGGGUCAUACAGAUGGAGAAAGAAGAGAUUGGCACAAUUUAAAACAAACCGAGUGAAAUUUGGGGUGGGGGGUUGGGAAGGAGACCAAAAUAAUGGAGACUUAUGUAAGAAACCCCCUGCCAUUUUUGAGUCCAGCAGGUUAAUUACCUCACUUGUAAAUCUGGAGGGGGGGCAACGUAUUUAGUUUAGAAACUUGAUGAUCAAAUAAUGCCACCUGAAUUUAAACCUUCGUCAAAGGCGGUGUGGGGAGGGAGGGUUCUUUGCUUCUCCACUAAGUUUCAGUCCAUUUUUGUACUGAGCAUAUGAAUAAAAAAUGGAAGGUGGGGAUCCCCUUCUUUCUUGAUGGAAAAGGGGUUAUGAACUUCGUACAGAUUUUUUUUCCAUGUUCUAUAGUACUUGACAUUCCGAGCUGAUGUGAUUUCAAAGAACUUUUGGGAUCUUGGUUUCCCCCUUCCAGUUGUUCAUUUGAAUUACCUCCUAUUGUUCUUUGUGAUAUUCAUGAUAACUUGUACAUAGCAGAAUUAAAGCAAAUAGAAAUAAAAUUUUCGUUGUGACUAUAAGCCGUGUGUGUUUAAAAAAAUAAGUGUUUUUUAAUUGAAAAUGUGUUAGUUUUAUAAGGAUUUCUGUCAAUUACACCUCGCUAAUGAAAACAAAAUAUGUUUGACUAUAGGGUAUCUCAGCCUUAAGUACUGCUCAGCCUUACAUAUUGUGAUUUAUUUAUUCUAAGCACAUAUUAAUAUGGUUGCAUGAUAUGUUCACAAACUGGUUUCAACAGUGUUGGUCAUUAAAGCGCUACAUUGUAUUAAGGAAUUAAAGCAGCGGUGUAUUCCUCAGGACAGGCUACUUCAUUUUAAAAAAUCUCCUUCUCCAAGGUAUUUAAUGCAUUAAUGAGUAUAAUUUUUGCACAGAUGUUUCUCGGUGUUUGCAGGUUUUCUGUGUAUUUUUAUAUUACAAAGGAGCUGGCUACUGCAAUAGCUCAAACCCUGACAAGCAAAUAGAUAAUCAAGAAGACAAAUGGCUUCUUUUGUGAGCCACAGCUCUUGUAUUAAUUUUCAUUUUCUUGCUCAUAGAAAGUAUCGAAAAUACUGUUCAGGGCGAAAUAACAUUCCAGUUCUAAGUUACAAUUUUUUUUAAAGGGGGUGGGGUUGGGGGAAGGAGGCCUCUAGACCAUACAAAGAAAAUCAUCAUGUUCUGAAUCAUUCCCUAUAAGAAAAAGGUUUUCGCUUAUUUAUGAGAUUUUAUUAAUUUCUCUAAGUAAUGAUUAAAAUACCCCACAACGUUAUUAAGAACAAAGACCUGGCUUGGAAUAUUUAAAGUGGUUGAAUGGCUAUUUCUGUUCUUAGGGUACUUAGCAAUUUUAACUCAGACCUUGCAAAUAAACUGCAUUCAAAAGUUGUCCCUUCCUCCCCCAUCUCAAUAAAUCGUCCAUUACGUCUUUUAUUCUAUUGACUUUGUAACAGUUUGUAAGAAAUAUUUAUAUGGUCAUGUGAUACAGAGCCGCUACACGUCUUGUGUUGGAAAAAAUGGAGUUGUGUAUGUAUUUGAUUAACUUUUGCCCCUUUAAAGGCAAAAAGAGCAAACCUUCAGAGUUUUUAUUUCGACGAGGGGUGGUGGGGACUGCAUUUAUUUUGAUGGCUGAUUUCCCCCCCCUUUGAUCUGCUUCCUAUGUAAAGGCGAUGCAAUUUUCAGAUAGAAGCUAUGCUCUUAAGGGUACCAAAACAGUUCUUAAAAAGCAUAUGCUGUUAGGAAUGCAACUUCUAUAGAACAAAAUCAAAGCUGGAAAGUAUGAAUAGAAUUGAAGGGGGAGAAAAGAAGAUUUCUAUAGGACCUAAAAGUUCACAGCCAUUAUAAGCAGACAGAAGCCAAGAAAAAUGCGAGAAUUAUACAGAAAAUCAUUAAUCACUUCUUUUCUUUAAAUACUUAUCCUUUCCCCAUUGUUAUUCAACAGCAAAUCUCCGCAGACCGUCUGUUGGGAAAAAAGUACCCGGAGUCCUACAAAAAUCUUCAAGGGGAAUAAUAACAAUAAAAAAAUCUGGAUCAUAAAGUUGAAAACUUUUUUUUUUUUUU